CAGUAUUGAUUUGAUAUGACGCCAUUACCGAACAAGCGCAGAUCUCGAAAUCCUUUGUCGAUUAAUCCUUUAAUUUCUCAUGGAAGAAGCUGAGAACCUUUGCGGAAGAUUCAUUGCUCUGUUUCAUGCAGUGAUAUUAUUAUACUCCACUUCCUGCCUAUCAAGAAGAAGCAACGACGCUGCAAAUUAAAAAAAUAUGAAGAUUACGGUUUGAAGCUUGAGCGCAGGUGAGGAUCGAAGGGCAGAGGGGGACGUGUGAUGCCAGUGCCACUCGGGAACAUUUUUACACUUUCACACUUUCAGAUGAGAAAAAGCAGUCAAGAUGGGGGAUGGAAUGCUAUCAUUAUACUGGAACAACCACAAGGCCACUUUCUGCCACAUUCUGGCAACUCUCAGGGAGAAGGAACGGUACACUGAUGCAACGCUAGCUUGUGAUGGAAAGUUUUACCCUGUACAUAAGUUGGUGCUAUCAACAUGUAGUGAAUAUUUUGAAAAUAUGUUUGAACACACACCAUGUAAACACCCAAUAAUAGUGUUGAAAGAUGUGAAGCCUGAUGAACUAGAGGCACUGCUUAGUUAUAUGUAUGCUGGUGUAGUUAGUGUUGCUCAGAAUGACCUUGCAAGACUUAUCAAGGCAGCUGAGAUGCUGCAGAUUAAAGGUUUAGCUGUACCUGAUGAACCCCCACCUAGUGAAGAAACAAGAAAACAAGCACCUGCAAGGAGUACUAGAGAAGAACGAGUAAGCCCGCAGCCAAAGAGACGAAGAAGGGAGGAAAAUGGAACCCCAUCACAUGGGGGCUCACAGCCUUCGAGUAGUCCACCUUCAUCACCUAGAGCCUCACCUUACCUGCCUGAGAGUGAACAGCCUCGGGCGCGGUCCAGAGCACACAGUGAUGGCCACAGGUUAGAGCAGCGGACAGAACAAGGCGAUCUCACCCCACAUGAGUCGCCUGCAUCUGAUGUCAAGCAAAUUAUGGUUGAUGAAUCUCUAGUCAAAGAAGAAAUGGUGGAAACACUAGACAGUAGUCAGUCAGAAGGAAUGGAUACAGGAAUGCAAUAUGGCCAUGUAGGAAGUGAUACUGGAAUGGAUGGAGCUGGCAGCCAAGAUGAUCAUUCGAGCCACAUGAUAGCUAAUAAGUACGACCAACCAGUUCUCCCUGGACAGACACAACCUCUUGCUGAUGCAGUUGCAGAGGCACUUGCUGGUCCAUCGGGAAUGCAAGGGUGGCUUGGUAGUAGUGACAUGUCUGGAGGCUUCUCAUCAGAAAACUAUGGUGGAGAAAGUAGCCAAGAUGUUCACCAAAGUCAACAAAGUGGUCCCCAUGCACAACCACGGGACAAUGGAAGUGGCAGCGAAGCAACCAGAGUUGCACCAAAUGAACUUCCUGUAGGAUCACUUCAGCUGACUUGCCCCUACUGCUUCCGGGCUACAUUUCGGCAAAGCAGCGAUCUCAAGCGUCACAUCAGAACUCAUACUGGCGAGAAGCCCUACAAAUGUGCCUCCUGCAGUUAUAGGGCCUCACGAAAGGACCUUUUACAAAUUCACAUACUUAAGAUGCAUACCUAUCAUUUAAAAAAUAUAUAAUUUCUUGUGAGUAUGCAGAGCUGUUGUGUAGAAAUGUGGUAAUAUGUUUUUAAAUGAGCUACAGUUUGAUUGGUUGAAUGGGCACCAAAGAUUACUGUAAACUUAAUAAAUGAAGUAAGAAAAAAAUGCGUCUUGAUCAAUUCAGAUGCAAAGCAAAUUAAUUUGUCUCUACUUUGGAAACCUUGUAUAUCGCAGUCUUGGGAUUCAAUUGCAUCUAUUGUUUAUAGUAAAUCUUGUAGAUGAUAAUCAAAGUGAACUACAGAGUGGUUGUUUGAUAAAUGAAAGGGAUUAUCUUUUUUCAGUAAAGAUGGAACCUAGAUGUAACACCGUGGAAGAGAACUAAUAAUGAUUAUGUUUGUAAAAGUGAG